AUGCAUAAGCGUGGAAGACAAGCGCUGCAGCCACCUCACAUCACAAUCGGUCAAGCAGAUGGCAAAACAUCAAAUUACAUCUCAACAACAAAAUAUAAUUUGAUUACAUUUCUUCCGUUAUUUCUCUUCCAACAGUUCAAAACUUUUGGCAAUUUAUUCUUUCUGCUCAUUUGCAUAGCACAAUAUCUUCCUGGAAUAAAUCCAUAUGGUACGAAUACUGUUAUCAUUCCACUUGUUACUAUUAUACUUGUAGCUGCAGCAAAAGAAAUAUUUGAAGAUUUUGUAAAGUUCUUAAUUUACUUUGAAUAUGUUAAGGGACGAUUGGUCGCCGAUCGCCGUGUGAAUCGAAGACUUGUGUUAACUUGUUUGCAAGAUGAAAAAUCUUCAAGUUGGAAGUGGGAAAGAAUUCAUUGGGCUGAGCUGAAAGUUGGCCAAGUGGUUAAAGUGCUGAAAAAUGAAGCAAUUCCAGCGGAUAUUGUGCUUCUUUCCUCUAGCGAACCUGCUGGUGUAGCUUACAUUGAAACGAGCAAUUUAGACGGCGAAACUAAUUUGAAAAUCCGUCAAUCGUUGCAUUCAACGGCUUGGAUAAUAGACGACGACACUGCUUUGGCAAUGUGCUCAUGCCAGUCAAAACUGAAUUGUGAUCCGCCAAGUUCAGCAUUGUACCAUUUUCGUGGUGUCAUUAAAGUCAGUACAAUGUUUCUAUUAUUAAACAAAAACAAAUUUAAAGACACUCAAAAAACGGAAUAUUCACUUGGUCUGUUUUUUCAAUAUUUAAUUAUUAAAUUAAUUUUUAUUUAUUAA